UCCCAACAAGUAAAGCUAGCUCACAUUCCACAUCAUCGCAUCCAACAUGUCGAAUGCCGAGUAUGAGAGUGUGUUGUGUGUCAAAAAUGAGGUGUUCGUUUACCGAAUACCCCCUAGAACCUCCAACAGAGGACACAGAGCUGCUGACUGGAAGUUGGAUCAGCCAGACUGGACCGGCCGACUCAGGGUUGUGGCAAAGGGCAAGGCUCUGUCCAUUAAACUAGAAGAUAAAAAUUCAGGUGAGCUGUUUGCGGAAUGUCCCAUCACUGCAUACCCGAGCAUUGCAGUAGAGGCAGUAAUGGAUUCCAGUCGGUACUUCGUCCUCAUGAUCAAGGAUGAGCAAGGUCGUAGUGCUUUCAUUGGAAUUGGGUUUCAAGACCGCGCAGAUUCCUUUGAUCUCAAUGUCUCGCUUCAGGAUCACUUCAAAUGGCUAAAGCAAGAAGCCGAGGCUGAGAAGAGUGCAGCCUCUUUAGACAGUGGACCUAAACUGGACCUUGGCUUCAAGGAAGGGCAGACCAUUACACUCAAUAUUGGGGCUAAGAAAGAUGGUGCUACCAAAGCCAGACCAAGAGCAAAAGCAGGAGGUGCAAUAGGUUUACUCCCUCCACCACCAGGGGGAAUUAAGUUGCCACCAGCAGGUGGUGCCAGUGUACAGCCACCACCUCAGGCAGCACAGCCAGUGGCCCAGCCAGUGGCCCAGCCGGCUAGUCAGCCAGCCAGUCAGCCAGCCAAUCAGAGUGGAACUCAGAAACUGGACCUGCUGUUUGACCUGGGAGUGGCGCCAUCGUCUGCACCAUCACAACCUGUCCAGCCCACACAGAAGGCCACGCCUGACUUGUGGGGGGACUUCACCAGCGCAGAUGGCGGGCAGAGUCAAAACAGUAAUUCCAGCAGUGAAGGAGGAGGCGGGCCAUGGGUCCAGUUUUGAUGACAGUAAACAGUUACUUCCCUUUUCCCAAUCCAUUGUAUAUAUGAAGAGAAUCGGCGUUCAUCGGAACGUCCACAGUGUAGCGUUCACGUCCAGUGACGACGUCAGAGUCACACACAUCAUCAACAUAGCUGUACAUAGCGGUUGUAUAUUUCACAUCGUUAUUAGAGUCAUCUGUGUGGGAGGCAGAUUGUGUAGGGUCUGCUGCGAACAGUAGAUAUCUACAGGAGCAUCACCAUAUGUAUUAGUGGAUUUAAGACAUUUCCUCACUCUUUUCUCUGCACAAUUCCAUUAAUCUAUUACACAUCUGUUUAUGACACUUUAGUAUAGGUAGGACUUUGUGGAAUAAUUUCAAUGAUGGGACAUUUGAAUUAGGAAACAGUUAGGAUUCUUAGUUAGGUUUCUUAAUGGCCUUGAUCUCGAGGUCUUUGUGCUAGAUUCUUUCUAUGUCAAUGUUGUAGCUGAACAGUCUUUCUGAAGCUUGGUCAGGGUUGAUGUGACGUAUGUUAUAUAGGUGAUGAAGAUGCUAUUGUUAGUGUUUAGAAGGCUAUAGAACGUGUUGAUAGGAUCAUCAGAAUACACCAACAUUUUGAUGUUCCGAAAUCUGAAUUUUAUGAGACUUAUCUUCAUUAUUUUAUUGAGUUUUCUGAGUUGAAUUAAUAUUACCUUUCCAUAUUUCAGACACGUUAAAUCAUCGGAAUUUCAUGAUAAUUUGAAUUAAAGUUGUUAUUUUCUGACGUUGAUUCAAGUGGAUGUUAUGUAAAUUAAUUAAACUGACAUGAUCAUUUUCUAGUAAGGUUGAAAUUGGUGCUUUUGACACUAAUUUUAUUUUUUGAAUUUUGUAAAAUUUGACAUGAUUUUAAUUUAAGUAGUCGGAUUUCAUGUUUGACUUCGUAAUGAUCUUUGGAAUAUGAAAAAUAGAAACUAUAUGGAUUCCUAUGAGCAGUAUAGUGUAGUUUAGAAUACGGGGAUGAAUGUUGAUACGCCCUUUAGACUCGGUGUUGUAAUAUCUGUAUUUCAAGACACUUACAGGGAAUUCAGAUCAUUAUCAAGCAUUUUAGAACUUGGGCCAGCUGGAAUGUUUCAUUUAUCCUUCCAUAAGUUGAAGCACCAUUUGAUCAAGGUGCUGGUGUUAUAUUGUUCCCAACUGUUGUGAUGGGGACUCAUGCUGUCGACCACCAGUUUCAUUUCCUCUGCAUAAACAUGUGUAGCCUGUUUCAAAUAUAGAUGUAGGCUUGAGAACUAUCUCAGGUGUGUACACUGCCGCAUUGUGGAGUUUGUAGCAGAAAUAUAAGUAUGUCAAACCUGUGGUUGAUAGCAAGAGCACAAUAAAUCUUUACCAUCAGUGAAUGGGGACUCAAAGUCACUCACUCACCAGAUCCUCAUUUUAGUCGUCUUUGUAUAGUACGGGCAACCUGUUCUGCUCUUAUUUCUAACAGGGAAGGUUAUCUUGAAACAUGCUUCACGGGGAAUGGUGUCUUCCUCCAUUUUCAGGACCGAAAUGUUACAGUAUUCAAAACCAAGUAAACACAAAACAAUGUUUAAAAAUAACAAAAAUAUUCAUCUUUUCAACAUUUCCACAUUGUAAUAUUUUGAUGUUUUUGUGUAAUGUAUGAUUUGUUAUCACUAUGAGUUUUAGCAGCGUGUUGCAGACACUCCUGCCACAUAUAUAUCUGAGAAAUAGCCAUACUGGCAUGUUUCAGUUAGAAGCCAUUGAGUUGUGAAUUCCACACAACUACGUUUAUGAAUAUGGUUUCUUUCAUCUUUGAGUUUUUUUUCAUUAAAUCAUUUCUUACUCAAAGGAGAAUUUGUACUCACUUAAAUCAGAUUUUCAUUUGUGUGUAUUGCUUAAAAUACAAACAGUUGAAUCAAGUACAAUCCAGUACAGUAUAUUUCAGAGACAGAACAUGAUUUAGGUCUGUGGUGUGAAAGCUAUUGUAUAGACGCUGAUGUGGGUCAACAGUUAUGUCCCUUUAAUUUGCCAGAAGCUAUGAUCGUGGGUUCAAAUCAUGGUUCGUUGUGAUUGUGUUUCCAGGUUUUUCAGCACCAUACCUGUAGGUUUCUAAGUCUGAGUCAAGUAACACAGUUAGACAAUUGUAAUCUGCUGCAUCUUGUCUCAUAAACCGGCAAUUAUACAUCCCUGGAAACCUUUUAGUGCAAUCUAUCAUUAUAUUCAAGGGCUUUAUGUUUUAUUUAUUUAGACUUUUCACUUCACUGAAAGGUUUAAUGUUGAGGCAGUCUGUCCAUUGAUGUAACACUAACCAUAUCUGUGCCACUACUUUCUUACAACUACUCAUCGACAUGGUCAACCAGACGGGAAAAUACUCACCCUCUGUUGGGAUGGAAGAUCAUGGAAAUAAACUCAACCGUAAAUUCUUGCAGUAAUAGCAGGAAACAUAAUGUUUUUCCCAAUCAAGAACAGGUAUAGAUUUAUGUAAUAUAUUAUAUGUCAUUUUGGUAAAAUAAUAAAGAAGUACCUGUUCGA